AGGUCUACUCAGGCUAACCUAGAUUAAAGAAUUUUUUUUCGCCGCCGUGUAACACUGACAAAAACGAAUUGAUCUAGAAUUAUCGGCCUCCAAUGCUAGUCGUGCAGCAAACAAUGACAUAAGAGUGACUCUAAAGCUAAAAGUUUUAGCCUAAAACUAAACACACUCAGAACUAGAUCUAGAUCUACACAUUUUAUAUUGCUGCAGUGAACUAAAGACUAAAGUGAAAGUGGGACUGCAUGAAUUAUUGCAGUCAUUAUUAACUUCAAAUAGUUGACAUAGAAUCUAGUCUAUAUCUAUUAGCUAGUCUAGUUCUAGUGAGACUGUUUAGUUUUUAGUAGACAAGGCAAAGAUAAAGAAAGCAGUUGAAAGUGUUGUGAAGUUUACUCAGACUCAAGCUGGCUUUGUUGAACCUCAGCAGGUAUACAGUCCUCAACCAUACUACAAUAACACCUCACCCCAAGACACGUCAAGCCGGUCCUAAGUGCUGACCACUAGGACAUUGAGAAAUGUUGCGGUUGCAGACGCGUGUGUGCAGCCUGCACAAUGUGGCGUCCACCUCCAUGGCCAGGGCCACUAAAGCCACCUCGCUGUAUGGCAGCAGCCUGUCCAAGACCUUACCUGACAUGAGGCCACAGUCUACAAGCACCAAGGAGAAUAUCAAACCUAUCAAAAAGCUCAUGGUUGCCAACAGAGGAGAGAUAGCAAUCCGUGUGUUUCGAGCUUGUACGGAGAUGGACAUUAGGACAGUGGCCAUCUACUCAGAGCAAGACAUCAAUCAGAUGCACAGGCAAAAGGCUGAUGAAUCCUACCUGAUAGGGAAGGGGAUGGCCCCAGUAGCAGCUUACCUGAACAUACCUGAGAUCAUUACAAUAGCACAGGAAAAUGAUGUGGAUGCCAUCCACCCAGGCUACGGGUUCUUGUCGGAGAGGUCUGACUUUGCUAAAGCCUGUGUUGAUGCUGGGAUCAGGUUUAUUGGGCCUUCACCUGAGGUGGUUCGCAAAAUGGGUGACAAGGUUGAAGCCAGGCAGGCGGCCAUAGACGCAGGUGUGCGUGUGGUACCUGGCACCCCCGGGCCUGUGGUAUCAGCAGACGUAGCCAUGGAGUUCUGCAAGCAACAUGGUCUGCCUGUCAUCUUUAAAGCUGCUUUUGGUGGAGGUGGCAGAGGAAUGAGGGUGGUCAAGAAACUAGAUGAAGUUACAGAAAAUUUCAACAGAGCCUACUCUGAAGCCUUGUCUGCAUUUGGGAAUGGAGCUCUUUUUUUGGAGAAGUUUGUUGAAAGCCCUAGACAUAUUGAAGUUCAAAUUAUAGGUGACAGAGCUGGCAAUGUUUCCCAUUUGUUUGAAAGAGACUGUUCAGUUCAGCGUCGGCACCAAAAAGUUGUGGAAAUAGCUCCAGCCCCCCAGCUUGACCCAAAGAUUCGUGACAGUAUGAACAGAGAUGCAGUGCAGCUUGCCAAGUUUGUGGGGUAUGAGAACGCCGGGACAACAGAGUUCCUGCUGGACAAAAAUGGCCAGUACUUCUUUAUUGAGGUCAACGCUAGGCUACAAGUUGAACAUACAGUGACGGAACAGGUCACUGGAGUUGACCUUGUUCAAGCUCAGAUAAAAGUAGCAGAAGGCUACACGCUACCUGAAUUGAAUUUAACCCAGGACAAAAUCAACUUGAACGGCUGUGCUAUUCAGUGCAGGAUGACAACAGAAGACCCUUCCAGAAACUUCCAGCCUGACACUGGAAGAAUUGAGGUGUUCCGUAGUGGAGAAGGUAUGGGCAUCCGUCUGGACAGUGCUUCUGCUUUUGCUGGUGCAGUGAUAUCCCCUUACUAUGAUUCUCUCAUGGUAAAGGUCAUUGCUCAUGCCAAGGACCACCCAGCUGCAUGUGCAAAAAUGCUUCGUGCUCUCAGGGAAUUUCGAAUCAGAGGUGUCAAGACCAACAUCCCGUUCUUGUUAAACGUUUUACAAAACGAGACCUUCCUGAAGGGAUCAGUGGACACAACAUUUAUUGACGAGCACCCUCAGCUGUUCAACUUUGCCCCAAGUCAGAACAGGGCCCAGAAGCUGCUGCACUACCUGGGCAGCAUCAUGGUCAACGGUCCAUCUACUCCCCUGGGGACAAACUUGAAACCAACUGAAGUUGUGCCCACAGUCCCAAGUGUGCCAUUAGAUGAAAGAGGCAAGGCUUCAAAACCCCCAGAGGGUCUUAGAGAUAUUAUUGUGAAGAAAGGCCCGGCAGCGUUUGCUAAGCAUGUCAGAGAACACAAGGGCCUUCUGCUGACUGACACGACCUUCCGAGAUGCCCAUCAGUCACUGCUGGCCACCAGGGUCAGGACCUUUGACCUGAAGAGGAUUUCUCCUUUCUUGUCCCACAACUUUACACCACUUUACAGCACAGAGAACUGGGGAGGAGCUACUUUUGAUGUUGCGCUGCGUUUCCUUCACGAAUGUCCAUGGGAGCGUUUGAGAGAGCUCAGACAGCUGAUCCCAAACAUUCCGUUCCAAAUGCUUCUACGUGGUGCCAAUGCUGUAGGCUACACAAACUACCCUGAUAAUGUGGUCCACAAAUUUUGUGAUCUGGCUGUAAAGAAUGGUAUGGACAUCUUCAGAAUCUUUGACUCUUUGAAUUAUGUACCCAAUAUUGUUGUAGGCAUGGAGGCUGCAGGAAAUGCAGGUGGUGUAGUGGAGGCUGCCAUGUCAUACACUGGUGAUGUCUCUGACCCAACCAAAAAGAAAUACAACCUGGAGUACUACGUCAAGCUGGCUGAUCAACUGGUGAAAGCUGGCACACAUGUUCUCUGUAUUAAGGACAUGGCCGGUCUACUGAAACCAAAAGCUUCAACCCUCCUGAUCCAAACACUGAAGGAUAAAUUUCCUGACAUACCAAUCCACGUACACACCCAUGACACCUCCGGAGCUGGUGUGGCCUCCAUGUUAGCCGCAGCCCAGGCUGGUGCUGAUGUGGUUGACGUGGCUGUAGACUCCAUGUCUGGUCUCACCUCACAACCAAGUAUGGGGGCUGUGGUUGCCUCUUUGGAAAAAACAGAACUUGACACUGGUCUCAGCUUGGAUAGAGUAUCUGAAUAUUCAGCCUAUUGGGAACAAGCCAGAAACCUUUAUGGUCCAUUUGAAUGUACAGUAACAAUGAAAAGUGGCAACGCUGAUAUUUACAAGAAUGAAAUUCCAGGUGGUCAGUACACAAACUUGCAGUUCCAAGCCUUCAGUCUGGGUCUAGCUGACCAGUUUGAGGAGAUCAAGAAGAUGUACUCCGUUGCUAACAUGCUUUUGGGAGAUCUACCCAAGGUUACCCCAUCAUCCAAAGUUGUAGGCGACAUGGCCCAAUUCAUGGUCCAGAACAAGCUGACAGCUAAGGAUGUGCAGGAAAAAGCUUCAGAACUCUCCUUCCCUUCCUCAGUUGUGGAAUACUUCCAGGGUUAUCUUGGAGAGCCCCCUGGUGGCUAUCCAGAACCCCUGAGAACACAGGCUCUGAAAGGUGCUAAGACAAUUAGCGGCAGACCUGGAGAGACAUUACCUCCUAUCAACUUCUUAGAAAUUAGAGAUAAACUAAUAGACAAGUAUGACCAGUUGAUUACAGAGGAGGAUGUCAUGAGUGCUGCUUUGUACCCAAAAGUCACUGAUGAGUAUUUAGACUUCAAAAGUAGAUUUGGACCAGUAGACAAGUUAGAUACUAAAACAUUUUUAGUAGGACCAAAGGUGGCAUCAGAAUUAGAGGUCCAAUUAGAGAAAGGCAAAAGUUUAUCUAUUGUCACAUUAGCUGUGAGUGAUCUGAGCAAGACAGGAUCCAGGGAAGUUUUCUUUGAGCUCAACGGCCAACUCAGAUCUGUGAGAGUCAAAGAUACUGCUGCUCAAAAGGAGAUGCACGUACAUCCCAAGGCUGUAAAAGGUGUGUUGGGUUCAGUUGGUGCUCCAAUGCCAGGUACUGUGGUUGACAUUAAGGUGAAGGAAGGUGAUGUUGUGGAAAAGGGUCAACCACUGCUGGUGUUGAGUGCCAUGAAGAUGGAGAUGGUGGUCACUGCGCCUUUGGCAGGCAAGGUUAAGCUCAUCUCUGUGACCAAGAACAUGAAACUAGAAGGGGAUGACUUGUUGGUGGAGAUAGAACAUUAA